ACCGUCCACCAUGGCUCCUCUCGCUGACUUCCUCGCCUCCAUCAUCCCUUGGCAGCUCCCGCUGCACCUGCAGAGCUAUGUGCCGGGGCGCACGCCCUUGUCGACACCGCAGGAGGUCUACCCGUUCCUCCUCGCGUACCUCGUCGUUGUCUUCGGCCUGCGCGCGUACAUGAAAAACCGCCCACCACUGAAGCUGCAAGGGCUCUUCCAGCUGCACAACAUCUUCUUGAGCGCGGGCAGCACGCUCUUGCUCACCGUCAUGCUGGAGGAGAUCGCUCCGCUGGCCGUCAAACACGGUGUCUUCGGGUCGAUGUGUAGCGAUGACAUGUGGAGCGAUAGGCUCGAGUUCUUCUACCUUAUCAACUACUACUUCAAGUACCUCGAGCUCAUUGAUACGGUCUUCUUGGCCCUCAAGAAGAAGCCUCUCGCUUUCUUGCAUGUGUACCAUCACUCUGCAACUGCUCUGUUAUGCUAUACUCAGCUCAACGGGAGGACGAGCGUGCAAUGGAUCCCCAUCUCGAUUAAUCUGUCUAUCCACAUCCUAAUGUACUAUUACUACUACGCGACGGCCGGUGGUGCCAAGAUUUGGUGGAAGAAACAUCUUACGACCAUGCAGAUCACCCAGUUUGUCAUAGACCUGUUCGUUGUGUACUUUGCAACUUACUCGUACUAUGCUGCCAACUACUUUAAGGGCCUUCCGAGUCUGGGAUCGUGCGCCGGCACGGAAUCUGCUGCGGUCCUUGGUUGUCUACUCUUGUCGAGCUACCUGGGGCUAUUCAUCCAGUUCUAUAUCCAAACAUAUAAGAAACCAGCCAAAGGCAAGGGCAAGGUUCCCCAGGUCAACGGCAAACCCAUCACAAAUGGCAAUGGCGUUGCGAACGGUCAUGGCCACAAACUCGAAUAAGCGGGUGCUUGUUGUACACACGCACUCGAGCAACAUAAAACCUGAUGAUGACGAUAGCGACGACGAGCCAUCGGACCCCCGCAUCAUUGCAAGAUACCCUCCGGCGCCAUAUAAGAACGUUAACAACUGCACCUGUCUAUUAUCCACUCGUUCUACCGUAUAUCUACUUUAUUUCUGUAUUGGGUUUCUCACGAAGUGUUCAAAUGGUGCGCCUGGAACCCCCUUUCGUCGUGGACCUGUCACGCUUCGUUUUUGUUGUUUUCGUGGUGGCAGGGUGUGGAUGUUCAAUAGUGGUACGAAAGAUAUGAAUGUCAUGAAGGGCACGAAACAAUCCGCCGUGUCGUAUGCA